AUGCUGAAGGCGAAUGGCGAGUUCCUGAUCCGAAAGAGUGAGGAGAAUGCGGGCGAUGCAAGAACGUUCGUCCUGUCGGUCGUCUACGGCAACGUCAAGCACUAUAUCUUCCGUGAGGAGAAAGGACGCUUCUCCAUCGACUUCAAAUCAGACAAGGGCUACAAAUCAAUAAGGGAUUUCGUCGACAGCCAUAUGCAAAGCCGCCAACCCGUUUGCCUGGCCAGCCAUGUUAUCAUCACCAAGGCCAUUGGAAGGAAGGAAUGGGAGCUGGCACAUGCGGACAUUGUGAACGGAGCAAAGCUGGGAGCUGGUGCAUUCGGCAUUGUAAGGCGCGGAGAGCUCAAGAUCAGCGGCGGACAGACGGUUAAGGUAGCCAUCAAAGAGGCGACACUGACCAAGUGUACAAAGGAGCAGAUAAAGGAGUUCAUGAACGAGGCCCGUAUAAUGCGCAAGUUCAAGCAUCCAAACGUCAUCCAGUCUUAUGCCGUUGGUCAGGAGCCGCUGAUGAUUGUAAUGGAGCUCGCGACAAAUGGUGCACUGAAGGACUAUCUGCAGGAGAUCCAGAGGAGCCCAAGGAGCAAGCUGUACAUGUGUCUUGGAGCCGCUUCUGGUCUCAGCCAUGUUCACGAGAACAAUGUCGUCCACUGCGACAUCGCGGCAAGGAAUUGCCUUUACAGCGAACAAAAGGUCAAAAUUGCUGACUUUGGGCUCGCUCGUGAGCUGCUGCCUGGUGACACGGAAAUCAAGCUCGACAAGGAUCAAAAGCUCCCGAUCAAGUGGUUGGCACCGGAGACGAUGAGGGAUCGGGUCUGCACCAAGAAGUCGGACGUUUGGGCCUUCGGAAUCCUCUGCUGGGAGAUCUUUGCGAACGGCGGUAAUCCCUACCAAAACUUCGGCUCCAAUAACGACGUUGCAAGAAGGGUGAUAAUGGGUGACCGGAUGAAGUUCUCCGACGAAGCACCAGCGGAAUUCUGUGACUUCAUGACGAGGCAGGUUUGGGCCGGAGACGCCGACGACAGAAGUCCGAUGCAGCAAGUGCUUCUAUGGUUCGACAAUAACAUCAAGCGCAUGACCGACAGUCAAAGGAGCCGCAUGGACAACACGAGAGGAGGCAGCUCAAAACCAGCUCGUCCGACGUCAAAGGAGGGAACAACUGCGAAGGAAAAAAGCGGGAGGGAGAAGAAUGAAAGCGGGCGAGAUAAGAGUCAGAAGGGCAAGAAGGGACACCGGAAGGGAUGA